UCCUCCGCCUCACAUGGAGCUGAGAGCCUCGACACAGCUGUUUCACUGAAAAUGGAUGCCAACAUUGUUGUAAUGGGGACAGAGAGUGUCGGAAAAUCAGCGCUUACUGUGCGCCUCUUAACUCGCAGAUUCAUUGGAGAGUAUGGAGAUAUUGAGUCCAUCUUCAGUCACAGUUUUAUGGUAGAUGGGAGGGAAAUCACUGUUAAUAUUUGGGAUUCACCUUGUUCUGAGGAUUCGUCUGUGGAGACGUCACACUUGGAGAAGAAGGUCCAGUGGGCCGACGGCUACGUUCUCGUCUACAGCAUCUGUGACAGGGCCAGUUUCAACACCGUCAGCAGGCUUAUUCAGAUAAUCAAGUCCACCAGAGACUUCCUGAACGCAGACAAAGCACCCAUAGUGAUUGUGGGUAACAAGAGGGACUUGCACCACAGGCGGACAGUGCUGAGCGAGGAGGGCCGCCUCCUUGCUCUCAACACGGACUGUCACUUCUACGAGGUGUCAGCAGCCGAGAACUACCACAGCGGGCUCAUGGUGUUUCACGGGCUGGUGGGCAGGAUGAAGGAUGCUAAGGUGACCACGAAGAGGCCUCUGGGGUUCAAGGGGAUAGUGAAAAGCAUGUCUGCAGUAUUUGCCAGAAAAAGGACAGACUCUUUUUAGAAAGACAAUGACAAAAGAGGAAGGAGUUAACUUUGAAUCUACAUAAGAGAUGUGUAUUCUACUGAAGUCACAUGUCGUGGUGCCAAAGAUAUGAAGUCGUUCCCACUGCAGAGGCACUGACACUGCAGAGAUGGGAGCUGCUUUUCAGAAAAAAGUGUGGAAAAGACUUCAGAGAAGAUCUAAAGCCAUUAAGCUUCAGUAGACACAACGACAGAACAGUGUCAAAGAGGUUACAGAUGUGUCAAGAUGAUAGCUGCACUUCAAGCAAGCUACCUUUGACUCAUGAAAACACAUUAAAUAGUCGUUUUACAGACAUUUGACAUGUUAAAUGAGUUGCUGUUUUACCAGCUGUGGCCUCGGAUUGAAAGACAUGCUAGGCACAAAUGAAAUGUGCCUUUAUGUAUGAUGCAUACGCCAAAGAUAAUAAAGUGUCAAGACUGGAAAAAAAGCUCUUCAAACCACAAGGUACAUUAUUGAAAUAUGGGCAAAAGUUCAUUCAACAUUAUCCUGCUCAAUCCUGCUGCCAUUGAUUAUAAUUAACCUGUGACUGAUUUUAUUGAAUUGAAUUAAAAAUAAAAGACAAAUAUGCCUUGAAAGUCAAACAUUCAUAUUUGUAUUUAUUCAAGUCUAAACACUGUAAAGGGACCUGUCAGAGAGUAAACUUGUUACUGUCUAUAUUUAUGAACUUUUGUUUGAUCUAUUGAUUAUGUGUCAUGCACUGUUUUUGUCCAAAUAUUUUUUUGUGUGUUGACAAGGAUUCAAAUAUAGUAUCAAAUGUGUAUAAAUCAGUGCUUUUUAGUUGUGUUGAUUGUAAAGGUAAAAUGUUUGAUGUGA